UGAAGGUAUAUGUUUUAAAGGGAGGAGACAGCCUCUAUGCAGUGCUGUGGAACUUAAGAUAGCAUUUUUGCAACAAGAAUUUAGACUGGAGUAAUAUACAAGCCCUACAAUGUACAGCCACACCGCCGUGUUUCGAGGGGUGGACCUGCAGUUCAAGGUAAAUAACCGUGCCCACCACACAGAAGAAAUAGGCACUGAGCGGCUGGUUGUGCGUCGAGGACAACCCUUCUCUUUGCUCCUGCUUUGUACAGAUACCCCUCCACUGCCUCCACAUCACCAGCUCACUCUGGUCCUCACACUGGGUGCUCGAAGGGAAGUGGUUAUAAGAGUUUCAGGUUCGAGAGCAUCUCAUGGUCAGUGGUGGUUUAGUCAGCAGACUGCUCAAAGUGAGGUGUUGCUGAGGGUUCAUAGCCCUGCCGAUGCCCCUGUGGGUAACUACAGUGUCACUGUUCUCUUGCUUUCCUCUGAGGGGCACAUCGUAGAGCAGAGUUCCUCUCAUUCCUUUUACCUUCUUUUUAACCCCUGGUGUAAAGCUGAUCCUGUGUAUUUGCCUGAUGAAGAGUAUUUAUGGGAAUACAUCCUAAAUGAGAAUGGCAUCUUGUACCAGGGUUCAUGGGACCAAAUUACCACUCUGCCCUGGAACUUUGGACAGUUUGAAAACGGUGUAAUGGACAUCUGCUUUGAGGUACUGGAUAAUUCCCCUGCUGCACUGAAGAACUCUGAGAUGGAUAUCAUUAAAAGAGCAGACCCUGUUUAUGUUAGUAGGAUGAUUACUGCAAUGGUAAAUUCAAAUGAUGAUCGCGGAGUGAUAUUUGGACGUUGGGAUGGUGAGUAUAGCGACGGUGUGGCCCCUACACGGUGGACUGGAAGUGUUCCAAUCCUGAGGCACUGGAGUGAGGGAGGGGCUCAGCGGGUGCGUUAUGGCCAGUGUUGGGUUUUCUCUGCUGUAGCCUGCACAGUACUUCGCUGCUUGGGUAUUCCAACACGAUGUGUCACAAAUUACACAUCAGCCCAUGACACUGAUGGUAACAUUAACGUGGAUUGCCUGUUUAAUGAGCAACUGGAGAGCGUAUCUGAAGGCAGGAAUGACAUGAUCUGGAAUUUUCAUUGUUGGGUGGAGUCUUGGAUGAGCAGAGAGGAUCUUCCGAAAGGUUAUGAUGGAUGGCAAGUACUUGACCCCACCCCACAGGAAAGAAGUGAGGGUGUAUACUGUUGUGGGCCAUGUCCGGUGAAGGCUGUGAGAGAGGGCGAGGUGGGAAUCAAGUAUGACGCAUCAUUUGUGUUCUCGGAGGUGAAUGCAGACAUGGUAUACUGGAUUGUUCAUCAAGAUGGGGAGAAAUCAAAAGUGUCAGUGAACCGCUCAACUGUGGGAAGAAAUAUCAGCACUAAAAGUGUAUACGGAGACUACAGGGAAGACAUCACUGCUAACUACAAAUAUCCUGAAGGUUCCUUAAUGGAGCGAAGGGUUUAUGAAAAGGCAGGGAAACAAGUGGCAAGUCAAAAUGGACAGCCAGCCAAGCUGGAGCUGCUCAUCAAGCAUGCCCAGGCCAUUCAUGGAACAGACUUUGAUGUUAUUGUGGAGGUGCAUAAUAAUGGUGGAGAAGACACAUUUGCAGACCUUAUGGUCACAUCUAAUGCUGUCACAUAUAAUAGUCUCCAUCGGGGAGAGUGUCAGAGGAAGACUGCUAAACUCACAGUGCCAGCACAAAAAGCUCAUAAAGAAGUGAUGAGGCUUCGGUACGAUCAUUAUGGAGCAUGUGUAUCAGAGCAUCACCUGAUCAGAGUCACAGCACUCCUCCAAGCCAGCAAUGAGCAAAAUGCUAUUCUGCAAGAGGUCAACAUCCCCUUAAAAAUGCCCAAGCUCCAUAUUAAGAUGAUUGGAGAAGCAAUGGUAUCUCGUAAACUGACAGCACGCAUCUCCUUCACAAACCCACUGCCCAUUACUUUGACAAGAGGAAUGUUUACAGUGGAGGGGGCGGGGCUAACCGGAGCACAGGAAAUCCAGGCUCCGGGUAAUAUUGAACCUGGAAAAGAUGUUGUAGUGAAAUUCUCCUUCAAACCAAUGCGAGCUGGCCUAAGGAAGCUGCUGGUUGAUUUUGACUCAGAUAAACUGAGAGACGUUAAAGGUGAAGCCACCAUAAUUGUUCAAAAGAAAAUAUCUGACAAUGCUUAAACAACUUAGACACAUCAUUCAGUACAAUUCAAAAUGAUUCAUGAAAUCAGAAGAAGCUUGGUGCAGCUACAAGAAUACAUGCCGACUUCUUAAUAUUUUACAUUUUUGCAUUUUACGAGUGUUUUAUUUUAUAACAAUGGCUCAAAUAAUAGCUUAUUUAUAAAAACUUUAUAAAGACAACACUUUGAAUUUGCUUCUUAAUAAAAGUUAAUGAAAUAAAGUUAAUUAAUGGCAGAUAAAGUCUGCAGCCUGAGCAGUGAAUAGUAAUCUUUUUGUGUCACAAUAAUUUUUGGGUAAAAUAUAAUACUGUAUAUCUGUUAUGAAUGUCUGAUUAUAUAUGAAUCAGCACUUGCACUUCUUUAAUCUUCUCUGGCCCUCUUCAUCUCUCUCAUAUCUGUGGAACUUUAUAUGUUACUGAUUUUACUUGUUUCUGUUUAAUACAUAUCAUUUUAUUGAA